UAUUUAAAAUAUCAGCUUUCUAACUCAACAAUUCCACUUCUACACCAAACUCCCAUAAUGUAGAAAUAAGUGUAGGAAUGUGUUUUCAGCAGUCCUUACCUAAGAACACAAUGUUUAUUUCAACAAUCUUGAUUGGAACCAAUAAACAAAUGAUAAUUGUUAUAACAUCUCUUUAUGGUCUUGAUGCUGUUCUUAUUUGUCUAUUUAUGCAGAUCUGCUGUAGGAAAUCAAAUUAUCAAGAAAAAUUGUUUUUCUGGCCUGAAGUAUAUUGUGGUGGUAUUAGGAAGACUGAGGUUGACAUUCGUGUUGCAGUCAAGUUGCAGACCAGAGUUUCUUUGUUGACAGAACUCUAUCAAUUGAAAGGUGUUAAACUUAGUAAUGCUUGGAAGAAGUUAGAGAAGAAUUUAGUUAUAGAAUCUUUUGCUGCCCCAUUUCAUUCUGAUAUGGAGAUAUCUAUACCUGAUAAGCCAUGUUCGAAAACCAAGUGCUUUCUCUUCCAUCGCCUAUAUGAGGUCUGUGAUUUUAAUCUUCGACAUUACAAAAGCAAUACAACAGAUGGUUAUGCAGAAGGUGAGGCAGCGCUGGGACUCUAUGCAGAGCCUAGGCCACCGGUUUCCAUUUAAAACCUAAAAACCCAGAAAGCAAAAUGUAAUGCAUACUGGGAGUAGUUGCAGACACAGAGAAUAGCUUGGUCGGAAUUGUCCCUCCAACUGUCCGCUUCAUGUGGCAGCUACUGAAGCACUCUCUCUCAAAUCUGAACUCUCAAUACUGCAGAAGAGGGAAGAAGGGAAAGAGGAAACGAGAGGAGACAGAGAUAUUGAGGAGGUUUUGAUUUGGGUUUUGCCGACGGGAGGAACAAAGAUGCAGAGAGGAAGGAAAAGAAGAUGAAGAGGGAGAGCCUUCAGCAAUUAGAUAUGAUCUGAUUGAAAUUCCAAGUUUCGGGGUUGGAUUUGAGUGGGAUCUGGAAUUGAUUUUGAGAAAUUAUGUUAGGUGAAUAAUUGAAUUCUUUGGUUUAGGAUUAUUGGGAUAUAAAGUAGGGAAUUGGUUUUGAUUUUGAUUGAGAUUUUAUUGAUUUGGAUAGGUCAUUGAAAGGGUU